GCUGUGGCUUUGCUGCGGUGCCCGCACUCUGAUCUUGGCGCUCAUCUCGCUGCCUUUGCCUUCUCCUCCCGAGCGUCAGUUCUCAGAAUCAGUCAGGCAGGCAGACAGACAGACAGUCACCUCUCCGUCGACACGAUGGACGCUCCGCUCGCCCUGCUCGCUCUUCUUCUUCUCGUCCUCCUGGUCUCCGCUGCAGAGGCUCAUCUGACAGUCUGGACGUCACAGGCUCAUCCCGCGGCUCUGCUGUGGUCAGACAUUCACCUGCAAUGUUCCUUUACCGUGACGCCCGGGCCCAUCGACCCAAGCAGGCUGAAGGUCACUUGGACACACCGUGGACUGUCCAUAGCAAAGUACAAUGACAGAACGGUGACCACGAGACCAAACGUGAUGCUGGACGGUCACGCAGUGGAGCGCGGAGACGUGUCGGUGAUCAUCAGCAAGAUCUACUCUGAGAAUGAGGGGCUGCAUAGGUGUGAAGUGGAAUAUGAAGGAGAGAAAGGAGAGGUGGACAUGAUUGUCACUGUCACAAUGGAUCCUCAGGUGCACUUCAUCCUGAAAGCAGACGACCAAAUCUCACAGGUGAAUCUGACCUGCCUUGCCUCAAGUUACUUCCCACCUAACAUCACUCUUAUCAUCAAGAGGAAUGGUGACAUCUUAAAGACUGAGAGGGUGACAUCGAAUGAAAGUCCCUCCAGCUGGAGUCUGGCCAAAGGGACCUCCAAUGCAGAGAGUGUCUACGCCGUUGAUGUGACGGCCAUCAGGGACAGUGACGCGCUGUUCACCUGUGAAGUGACACAUGAGACCGCCGACAAGCCAAUCGUAAGAGACUUGAUUAAGCUAGAGCCUCCAGUGGUCUCAUUGGUGGGCAGUGCAGUGCUGCACAAGAACAGUAUGGUGGUCUGCCAUGCUGAGAGCGUAACCCAAUCAGCAAUGAUCUUCACGUGGAGGAGAAAUGAGGAGGUCAUGAAGACAGACACCCCACCAAUGCAGUGGACGUACAAAGGCAUCUUGUUUGCAGAAAGCUCAUAUCAGUUCACCCCAUCCAUUCAAGAGCCCGUGUCCUGUGAGGUGGAGAACGUGGCUGCUGUGUCCGAGAGGAGAUACGUCACAUACACCGGCCUGACCCUGGAGGAGGUCAUUCGGAUACCUGUCACCAUCAUCAUCAUCAUCUUCCUCACCCUUUUCAUUCUGUGGUGGUCCUCAGUCGGUCUUUUUCCACUCGUCCCCUUGAAGGUUGACAGUGUACCCCGGGCCCUGCAGUGCACCCUCACAGGCUGGCAUCUCCAACUGGUCACUGUGGAGUGGUCUAGAAAUGACCAGCAGAUCUGUGUGGAGGAGGAGCUUACAGACCUGGAGGAUGGCGAUGUGGAGACCCUCAGAGACCCACCUGAAUACUCCGUGAAGAGACUCCCUCUGAAGGACCUCUGCUGUCUGGAUGGGAAUGUCCUCAGACUGGAGAUGAAGCCCACAACAGAAGAAACUGAGGGGGCCAAGUUCAAGUGUCGGGCCACCCACAGACUGACCAGGAGGAGCCUGGAGUACAGCUUGGAGAUAUGAGAAGAGGACGAAUGGUUGACGCGUCACUCGAGGCCGCAGGACAACACCGUGAGACACCGUGAGACUAACUGCUGUGUCACCAGAACAUAUCAUGACAUCUGAGUCAUCGUUAACCUGCCUCUGCUGUCCUGUGUGUGAAUGGCCACCAGUUAUUAUUGUGACCAGACUGACCCGCACUGGGGCUGACCGCUGUAGUGACCCUGAGCAUCAGUGACCGACACCUGAGUGUGACCGUCCAGUGGGAAGGUGAAGGUGGACUGAGGACCUCAGCCCUAAACGUCCACUGAGUGCUUCACUGCUGCACGUCUCCCUUUGCUCCUUCCCUCCUGUCCCCUCACUUACAUGGCGUCUUGAUGCUGAAAGAUCUCUGCUGUCCUUUGUGCCAUCAAAGAUGUCAUAGAAACACAAACGCCUUCCAAGGCAGGGUCUGGCGGUCCCUCACUUUGAAACGUAGGACAUUUCGUUUUGCUCUGUGACUUUGCUUUGUAAUUCUCCAUCAUGGACGCCAGCUCCUUGGAUCUUCUCCAAUAUUCCUGCUUUAAUAAGCUGUGAUGGCCUUGGGUUCAAAUGCCUGUUCUGUGUUUGCACGUCCAUGUA